GCAAUAGUACUACAAAGCUCAGGUCAGCUCGGCUCGGCUCAUCUCACAGGUGUAGUACUAGAGACCGAAAACUUCACCCGUCAAUUGCCAUGGCGCUCAGCCUUCGCGCCGCCGCAUCCCUCGCCGCCCCGCCGGCUCACCUGCGUCCGCGCCGACGCGCCACCUCUAUGGUCCGCGCCACUGUGUCCCCUCCUCCGGCGCUUGACAGCAGGCGGCGCCCGCAGAACGUGUCCGGCGAGUUCUUCGUCGAUCACCGGUGCAUCGACUGCGCCACCUGCAGGUGGAUGGCUCCGGAGGUGUUCAAGAGGGUCGACGACCAGUCCGCCGUGGCGGCGCAACCCACCUCCGAGGAAAUCAGGACCAAGGCACUGCAGGCCUUGCUCUCUUGCCCUACAGGCUCUAUCCACACUGACAAGCCUACAGAGGACAUUCUCCAAGUGCAAAACACGUUCCCUCUCCCCAUCAACGACGAUCUCCCCGGAGUUUACCUCUGUGGUUACCAUUCUGAGAACUCAUAUGGAGCAACAUCUUAUCUUAUAGUUCACCCGGAAGGGAACAUAAUGGUUGACAGCCCAAGGUAUACGCCGAAACUAGCGAACCAGCUUGAGAAGCUCGGCGGAGCGCGUUACAUGUUUCUGACUCACAUUGAUGAUGUAGCGGAUCAUCGGAAAUGGGCCGAGCGGCUAAAGUGCGAGAGAAUCAUUCAUUCAGGAGACGUGGAGGAUAUCACUGCUGAUGCCGAGUGGAAACUUACUGGAAAUGGCCCCUGGAACAUUGGAACUGAUUUUGAACUUAUCCAUACGCCAGGGCAUACCGAAGGCUCAGUCUGUUUGCUGUACAAACCUCUGAAGGCACUAUUUACUGGUGACCAUGUCGCGAAAUCAGAAGAAUCAGAUGAUCUAAACCUCUUUCUGAUGUACAGUAAGCAAUCAGUGGGUGUGCAACUGGACAGCAUCAGGAAGUUACUGGAUGUAGAUUUCGAGUGGUUUUUACCUGGGCAUGGCUACCGAAUCCGGUAUGCAGAUGUAUAUGCCAAGAAUUCAGCUAUUGAGGCUCUCCUUGCAGACUACAGAAACUAAGGAGCAUCUUAUGAUCACAAAUUUCAAAUAUAUGGAUUCCAAAAUAAAGGGACGAGGUGGAUAUGCAGUCCCAGAGAAAUCCUGAUCGACGCUACUGCUUUGACUUUCUUGUCCAAACGCCAUGUACCUUAUUGUACUCCAUCCGUUUCUAAAUAUAAGGCUUUUUAGAGAUUUCAAUACGAACUAUAUACGGGUGUAUAUAGACAUAUUUUAUCACUCAUUUUGCUCCUUAUGUAGUUCA